AUGGAUGAGGGUCACACUAAGUAUGUGUGGGACGCAAACAACCGCUUCAAGGUGGCGGUGGACACCAAGGUAAUUGAGAUUUGUGGUGACCUGCGCGGCGAUCUUACGCUUCUCAUGCACGAGCGUGUGGUGGAGCCUGUGCAAGACGACCAAAGCUUGAAGACGUGGCGUUGCCAGCACAGCUCUGUCCGUGAACUCCGCAAAGAGGGCGGUAAGAGCCCCGAGACGCGCCACUCGAAGGCUGGUAGCAUGAACAAUCGCUUGUUCAUCGAUGGUUCUAACGGCAAGUAUUUGCUGAUUUUGGAUUACGACAUGAAGCCGCAUCCGACGUUUUUGCUUGCGGUGCUGCCGUUCUCUGUCUCGGAAGGCGAGGCGGCUGUCGACGGUGGAGGACGUCAGUACAGCGACGAUAUUUCGUGGUAUUAG